GAUUUGGAAGCGGUAUAACAUGGAAGCAAUGGAAAACACACUUGCUAGGAUUUGGAGACCAGUGAAAGGUCUGCACAUGAGGGUUCUAGGGAGUAAUCUCUUCGCUUUCGAUUUUUUUCACCCAGUUGAUAUGCAAAGAGUGUUGGCUGCAAGGCCGUGGCGCUUUGUCAACCAUGUCAUGGUAUUGAAGGAGGCGUCGGUUGGAGAACAGGUGUCUCGGUUGGAGUUGUUUGAGGUCCCUUUCUGGAUACAAAUACACGGUUUGCCGCCUGAUCGUAUGACGGAAGCAACAGGAAAGAGAAUCGGAGGGGAGAUAGGUAGGCUCAUUGAAGUGGAUGCUGGAGAGGGUGAUGCAUGGGGCGUGGAAUACAUCCGUGUUCGAGUGUUCAUUGAUGUUCGGAAACCCCUGCAUCGUGGGAUGAGUCUAUCAUUGUUAAGUGCUUUGGAGAUGGAGAGCUUAGGGAGGAUUGAUCGCCCAUAUAGGGAAAAGUUGAGGGCAGUUCCUAAACGGGGACAGCAAGCAGACACAGUCUACAAAGGGAGAUGGAUCCGCGACGCCUCCGAUCGUCCACUGUCGGAAGAGCCACGGAGACGGAGGUACGGGCCUCCUAUGGAAAGCAAGUGUCUAGUUAUGGAAGGUGGAUCUGCUGGUGGUUCUGAUAAGCUUGAUUGGCGGGGGAAGGAUAUGAGAUUGCUAAUCAUGGAUCCGAGGAGGAGUCAAGGGCGAUUAAUUCGGGAAGAUACCGUUGAUUCUGCAAUUUGUCUAUCUAGCUCGGCUUUACAGGUCGCAAAUAUGGAACAACAGAGCAAUCCCAUAAAUCAAGCAGAGACCGUUGAUAGUAGCAAAAAUGGCGGGAUCCCUUUAAAUGUGCCUAUUCUACAGGAGCAGGAUGGUAGGUGUGAGUCAUUCCCUAAUGCAGCCUCGGCACAUGAUGAGCAUAACAGCCUGUCGCUCGCCAUGAGUCUCUUUUGUUGGAACUGCCGGGGGCUUGGGAACCCUCGAGCAGUUCUUAGCCUCAUCGAACUGGUGGGGUUAAAGAAGCCUCUAAUAGUGUUUCUCAGUGAAACACUGCUAGAUAGAAGAGAUAUGCAUCUAUCUUUACUUUCUUAUUCCCAGAACCACAUUGAUAUGGAGGUGGUAGGGAUAGGAGAGAGCAAAUGGAGGUUUACUGGCUUUUAUGGAUUCCCGGAGAGAAAACAUAGGCGGAGAUCGUGGGCCCUAAUCCGAGAACUUGGUAGACGCUCGACUUUACCCUGGUUCAUAGGUGGAGACUUUAAUGACCUCUUAAACCAAGAGGAAAAGAGGGGUGGCGUCCCUCACCUAGACUGGCUGCUUCAAGGAUUUAGUGACACUCUUGAUCAUUGUGGUCUUACUGAGGUCCCCAUGUCCGGGGGUUGUUUCACUUGGCGAAGGGGGUCAACGGUUGAAAAGCUAGAUAGAGGUCUAGCUAAUCUUAGCUGGAGGAACUUAUUCCCUAAAGCUCAAGUUUGCCUGUUGCCACCACUUUCAUCUGACCAUAACCCCCUAUGGAUCAUGAUUGAUGGGUGUCGAGACAGGAGAAAUAAACGCAAAAUGAAGUUUCGGUUUGAAGAGAUGUGGUUGCGUGAAGAUGACUAUCAGGAAGUUGUAUCAUCUAGCUGGUCCUCCGUACAUGGGUAUGACGGUUGGAACACUCUCAUACAAAAAGUCCAAUCUUGCUCCUCUGCGCUAACAACCUGGAACUCUACAAAGUUUGGUAAGGUGCAGAAGCGUUUAAGUCAUUGUAUGAGGAAGAUUAAUGCUUUGCAACAACAACCUCAUUCUGAAAUUGUGAGCCACAAAGAGCGGCAGGUGCUAGCUGAGAUGGAGGAAUGGUUAGAGAAAGAGGAGAUUAUGUGGAGGCAAUGUUCCCGUGAAAUAUGGAUCCAAGAAGGAGAUCGUAACACUCGGUUCUUCCACAGGCGCGUGUCUAAACGAAGAGAGUGGAAUAAGGUUGAGAGGUUGUUGGGAGAGGAUGGGGAAUGGAAAUAUGAGUUCAUUGAGAUGCAGCAUAUUGUCUCUAGGUAUUUUACCUCCCUAUUUGAAACGACCCAGCCGGUGGAUAUAAGCCAUGUUACGAAGUGCUUAAUCCCGUGCGUACUAGAGGAUGAUAAUAACUACUUAACUAGUGAGUUCACUGAGGAGGAAGUCUCAAAAGCUCUGUUCCAAAUGCACCCUUCAAAGGCCCCUGUCCCAGACGGUUUAUCACCUGCCUUUUUUCAACAUUUUUGGAGCCAGAUUAAGGAUGAUAUACUGAAGCCGUGUUUGCAAUUCCUUAAUCAUGGAGUGGAGUUUCCACCUGCAUUGAACUUUACACAUGUGGUGCUCAUCCCAAAGUGCAAGGAUCCAAAAACCAUGUCUGAUCUUAGACCCAUCAGCCUCUGUAAUGUCAUCUAUAGGGUCAUAGCUAAAGUGCUGGCUAAUAGAUUCAAACAGAUCUUGCCAAGGGUUAUAUCCCAAGAGCAGAGUGCUUUUCUACCCAACAGAUUAAUCAUAGACAAUUUCCUAAUUGCAUAUGAGGUACUCCAUUACAUGCGUGCCAGAAAGAGAGGAGCAAGGGGAUGGUAUGCCUUAAAGUUAGACAUGAGCAAAGCUUUCGACCGUGUGGAGUGGCCUUAUUUAGAAGUUGUAAUGAAAGCACUUGGGUUUGCAGAAACUUGGGUCCAGAAAAUUAUGGCAUGUGUGUCCUCAGUAAUGUAUGAGAUUUUGUUGAAUGAGGGGUUAACAGCCAUGAUCAAGGAGGCUGAGAGGAGAGAUUUCUUGCGUGGAGUGAGGAUUUGCAGACAGGCUCCUAGGAUUUCUCAUCUCUUUUUUGCUGAUGAUAGCUUCUUGUUCUUAAGGGCAUCAGAAUCGGGGGCUCGAAAUUUGUUGGAUAUCCUCAAGAAGUAUGAAGCAGCAUUGGGCCAGAUGGUUAAUCUAUGCAAAUCUUCUGUCACUUUUAGUCCAAAUGUCGACCAACAGACCCGUGGUAAGAUUCUUGAUGUUCUGGGAAUGGAAGAGAAAGAAAACCCAGGGAGGUAUCUCGGCUUCCCAUCCCAAGUUGGCAGAUCCAGGACAGCAGCCUUCUCUGGUCUAAAGAACAGCUUUUGGAUGCGAAUUCAUGAUUGGAGAGAAGAACCUUUAUCUAAAGCAAGUCGGGAAGUGUUAAUAAAGUCUGUGUUACAAGCUUUGCCUAUGUAUGUUAUGAGUACCUUUCUCCUCCCUACGGGGCUCUGUACAGAAUUGGAAAGGAUUAUGAACAGGUAUUGGUGGGGUGGAGGAGAUGAUGAGCACAAGAUCCACUGGAUGGAGUGGAGACGGCUUGCGAUCCCAAAGAAUAUGGGGGGCCUCGGAUUUCGGGCCUUGCAUGAAUUUAACACUGCUUUGUUGGGGAAGCAAGGAUGGCGAUUGCUUGUCAAUUCUGAUUCGUUGGCUGCAAGAGUCUUGAAAGCAAAAUAUUUUCCUCGAUCUGAUUUGUUACAUGCUAGCCUUAAGCCAUCUUGUAGCCUUACAUGGAGAAGUAUUUGGCACUCACUGGAUCUUUUGAAGCAUGGUUGCCGGAAGCUGAUCGGAGAUGGUCGUAAUACAGGGAUUUGGAGUGACCCAUGGAUCCCAGGUAACUCUCAAUACUAUGUUCAAUCGCCCCGACCAGAGAACUGUGAUCUUGAAUAUGUCUGUGAUCUCAUUGAUGCUGACACUCACACUUGGAGAAGAGAUCUAGUUUGGAAUUACACGAGACAUGGCUCUUAUUCUGUCAAGUCUGGGUAUCAUCUGGCCAUUGAAAUGCAGCGAAAUCCGAGUCUUCCGACGAGCUCAUCUUUAGGCUUUCAGGGGAGGCGUCUAUGGUCCCUUGAUAUUCCUGAGAAAGUUCGCUUGCUGCUGUGGAGUGCCUAUUGCAAUAUCUUGCCCACUAAGGACAACUUGCACCGUCGACAGAUAAUGAUAAAUCCUAAAUGCCCAGUGUGCAGUUUGGAGCAGGACUCUGUAUUACAUAGCCUCAUGUCCUGUCCUGUUGUUCGAGCUGUUUGGUUGGGGUGCCCUUUCACUCUUAAGGUGUCUGAGCUUGGCAUAGAGACGUUUGCAGCAGCCUUUGACAUUGUGGCAGAUGUCUUGGGGACAGAACACUUGGAACUUUUCUGUGUGGUGUGCUGGAAGCUAUGGAAUUGUAGGAACAAUGCCCUGUGGAAUGGUAAGAUCACCAGCCCUCAGGUUAUUGUUGAGCAGAGCCUCCUAUUUCUAAAUGAGUAUAGACGCUUGACAGUUUCAAAGAGGAGAGGAGCUGCGCGUGUGCAUGGGAUGGGUGCAGUUGUGCGGGACUCUUUGGGUGAAGUGAUGGCAGCUAUGGUUUGUAAAGGACAAGGUCUAGUGCCUGCUGAGAUUGCCGAGGCCUGCAGCCUGCGGCAAGCCUUGUGGUGGGCCCAAAAUCUCUCUUUUAGGAGAAUCAUUAUGGAAUCUGAUUGUUCGAGUAUUGUGACAGCAUUAAACAGUUCGACACUUAGCUUCCAUUCAAGUUUAGGUGCUGUUCUAUUAGACUGCAAACGGUUAAUGACCUCGUUCCUUUCUUGCCAUAUCCAACACGUACGACGGGAAGGUAAUGCGGUAGCGCACGAGCUUGCGAAACGUGCCCUGCAUGCUGAAGCUGAUGAAUUUUAUAUAGAAGAAGUCCCAGCUAGCCUCGCACAUAUUGUAAUAGGGGAAAAGCCUAUCGCUUAAGUUGUAAUCUCCUAUUUCAUGCUACUUUUUGAAUAAAGUAUGUGCAAAGUU